AUGUCUACCAACAAGGCUGUUGUCAAGAAUGCCGACAUGAGCGACGAAAUGCAGCAACGCGCUGUUGAGAUCGGUCAAGAGGCUCUGGACAAGUUCAACAUUGAGAAGGAUAUUGCUGCCCACAUCAAGAAGUCCUUCGACAAAGAGUUCAACCCCACCUGGCACUGCAUUGUUGGCCGCAACUUUGGCAGGUAUUAAUUUGCUUCUUUUCCGCAGCAACUCGACCAUUCUAGUUGGGAUUGUUACGGUAGCGCAGUCUUUUUUAAAAUGUAAUUCAACCGCAGUUAGCCACCCAGAUUUGUCUAAUGACAACAGCGUAGGCUGUUAGGCCGGAAUAUGUUGAGAUUAGAAGAAUCAAGUGGAGGCGUAGGUUUUAUAAGCAUGCUUUGUGGAAGGUUUAUGUCACGAGGAGGAACAAAAUUGUCUUUCUAUUUCAAAGUGUUUGAAAAAUGAUAAAACCGACUUUCUUUCAUUUAUUCCCACAGCUACGUCACGCACGAGUCCAAGCACUUCAUCUACUUCUACAUGGGUCAAGUCGCCAUCCUGCUCUUCAAAUCUGGUUAG